AUGGCGUCGCUGCUUCUACCCACACCUCCUCCUCUCACCUCAUUCUACCACCGCAGCACCUCAUCAUCAUCAUCAUCAUCAUCAUCGUCUUCUACUUCCUCGCUUCAAUUUCACCAUCGCUUCUCUUUUUCUUCUUUCCCCUAUCUUCCUCAAACUCCGACGAGAACACGCAUUUCCCUUCGCGCUUUCGACUCUUCCUCUGACUCCACCAAAGUUCAAGAAGAAGAAAAACAAGGGGCUAUUGAUGGUGAAAACGUUAGAAUCGCCGAUGAGGAUUAUCCGAGUGGCGAGUUCGAAUUUGAACCUAUUACUGGGUGGAGGAAUUUUCUUGUUAAGGUUAAGAUGUUGAUUGCGUAUCCAUGGGAGCGUGUUCGGAAAGGUAGCGUCCUCACAAUGAAGCUGCGUGGCCAGAUAUCUGAUCAAGUGAAGAGUAGGUUCUCUCCGGGACUUUCUCUUCCCCAAAUUUGUGAGAAUUUUUUGAAAGCAGCCUAUGAUCCUCGAAUUUCUGGCGUCUAUCUCCAUAUUGAUAGUUUAAACUGUGGGUGGGGUAAAGUGGAAGAAAUUCGAAGGCACAUUUUGAAUUUCAAAAAAUCAGGAAAAUUUGUUGUAGCUUACGUCCCUACAUGUCAAGAAAAAGAAUAUUACCUUGCAUGUGCAUGUGAAGAGAUAUAUGCCCCUCCAAGUGCUUACUUUUCUUUGUUCGGAUUGAGUGUUCAAGCUUCAUUCCUCAGAGGUGUUUUAGAUAACAUAGGAAUUGAACCACAAGUGGAGAGGAUUGGCAAGUACAAAAGUGCAGGAGAUCAAUUAGCUCGAAGGACCAUGUCUGAUGAAAAUUGUGAGAUGCUGACUGCAUUGCUCGAUAACAUCUAUUCAAACUGGCUGGAUAAAGUCUCUUCUGCCAAAGGAAAGGGAAGAAAAGAUAUCGAGAACUUCAUAAAUGAAGGUGUUUAUCAAGUUGAUAAGCUGAAAGAAGAGGGCCUUAUAUCAAAUGUGAUAUAUGAUGAUGAGGUAACUGCCAUGUUGAAGGAGAGACUUGGAGUGAAAGCCGAAAAAGAUCUUCCCAUGGUAGAUUACAGGAAAUACUCCCGUGUUAGAAAAUGGACAGUUGGAAUAUCAGGUGGCAAAGAAUUGAUAGCUGUCAUACGGGCCUCAGGGAGCAUUAGUCGAGUUAAGAGUCAAUUAAGUGUCUCUAGCUCAGGCAUAGUUGCAGAGGAGUUCAUUGAGAAGAUUCGCACUGUCAGAGAGUCAAAAAAAUUUAAGGCCGCUAUUAUCAGAAUUGAUAGUCCCGGAGGUGACGCUCUUGCCUCUGAUUUGAUGUGGAGAGAAAUUCGGCUUUUAGCUGCUUCAAAACCAGUCAUUGCUUCAAUGUCUGACGUUGCAGCAAGUGGAGGAUACUACAUGGCAAUGGGAACUGAUGCUAUUGUCGCAGAAAGUCUUACCUUAACUGGUUCAAUUGGAGUGGUAACAGGAAAAUUUAACCUAGAGAAACUGUAUGAGAAGAUUGGCUUUAAAAAAGAAAUCAUAUCCAGGGGAAGAUAUGCUGAGCUUGUUGCUGCUGAACAACGUUCUUUUAGACCAGAUGAGGCAGAGCUAUUUGCCAAAUCUGCCCAGAAUGCUUAUAAACAAUUUCGAGACAAGGCAGCUUUAUCCAGAUCAAUGACUGUUGAUAAGAUGGAGGAGGUAGCACAGGGAAGGGUUUGGACUGGUAAAGAUGCGGCAUCACAUGGUUUGGUUGAUGCUAUUGGUGGACUUUCCCGAGCCAUUGCCAUAGCAAAAUUGAAGGCCAAUAUACCUCAAGAAAACCAGGUUACUGUUGUGGAGAUAUCCAGAUCAAGUCCCUCUCUACCUGAGAUUUUAUUAGGCGCAGGGAGUUCACUAACUGGAGUUGAAACGACGUUAAAGGAACUGCUACAGGGUUUGACAUUUUCAGAUGGAGUACAAGCAAGGAUGGAUGGAAUCAUAUUUCGUUCAUUGGAAGGAUAUCCUAACUCCAACCCCAUUUUGUCAAUUAUAAAAGAUUAUCUUAGUUCUCUAUAG